GCUCCCAGCCCUGCAGGCGAGUGGGAUCCGCGGAGGAUGGCUCAGGCGGAGGGCGGGAACCUGGCCGAGGCGCGGGCUCGGGUGGGGGCCUUACACGGCAUCACCGACCUGGACCACAAACUGCACUUCUAUGAGCGCUGGGCUCCGGACUAUGACCAGGACGUGGCCACCCUGCAGUACCGUGCCCCGUGCCUCGCAGUGGACUGCCUCACUCAAGCCCUUCCAGUCCCACCUCAUGCUGCCCUGAUCCUGGAUGUGGCCUGUGGCACCGGCCUGGUGGCUGCUGAGCUGCAGGCUCGGGGCUUCCUCCAGCUGCAUGGAGUGGACGGGAGCCCAAAGAUGCUGGAACAGGCCCAAGCCCGGGGCCUCUACCAGCACCUCAGCCUCUGCACCUUGGGCCAGGAGCCUCUGCCCAGUUCUGAAGGGACCUUCGAUGCAGUGCUGAUAGUGGGGGCCCUCAGUGAUGGCCAGGUGCCCUGCAGUGCCAUACCUGAGCUUCUUCGAGUAACCAAGCCAGGGGGGCUGGUGUGUCUGACCACCAGGACCAACCCAUCCAACCUGUGCUACAAGGAGGCACUAGAGGCCGUGCUGGACAGGCUGGAGCAGGCCGGGGCAUGGAAACGCCUCAUGGCCUGGCCGUGGACCGGUGGGAACUGGCCACCUCCGAGCUUGAGAUGGGCCCUGGAACUUCUGACAGGGAUGGCUUCAUCUCUGGCAUCAUCUACCUGUACCGAAAGCAGGACAUGGCCCAGGAGGAGGGAGUGGGGCCCAGUCCUCAGCCCCCGGCCAACCUCUGACCCUCUACCUGACCUCAGCCAGGCCCGUCCUCGGGCCUCCUGUGCUUCAUCUGUAAAAUGGGGCCCCUGUGUCCACUUGCCCCUCCGGGAGUUCUACUCUAUUAAAUGAGUCCCAGAAGGGGUCUCAGGACUCUG